CCACACGCAUCUUUUCUUUUGCAUUUUUCUUUAUACACACACAUCCGUAAGGCUAUAGCUGGACUACUAUCCUACCCAUCUAGAUAUCCGCAGACUAUCAGGCACGCUCAAUAUCCGAACAAUGAAGACCUCCAUCGUUUUUGCUUCUAUCUUCGCCACCGCAUCUAUGGCCAGCCCUGCUGGAGCGUAUGGCUAUUCCUCCGCCGGGAUCCCACCCACUGACACUGGUGUCUACUCAAGCGCAGUGGCAUCGAGCAACGUAUAUACCAAUGUUGGCAGCGCAGUUACCACUGCAGCCGAAUCGUCUGCAUAUGCGACUGGUGAGAGUCCCGCCCCUGCGACCUCUACUGGCGCAUACACCGAUGCUACCAACGUGAUCACUACUAGUGAUACUUUAGGCCCCGAGGAUUCGAGCAAUGUCUAUACUAGCGUCGCCAGUGCUGCUACUACAGCCGAGCCGUCGGCAUAUGUGACUGGUGAGAACCCCACCCCUGAGGCCUCUGGCGGCGCAUACACCGAUGUUGCCAGCGGGGUUACUUCCGCUGGAGGUAGUAGUUAUCCAACAGACGGCCCAGCUACAUCUGUCGAGGAUGACUGCGAGGGAGGUGACACUAUUGAUCUUCCGUCCAACCUUCCGUCAGAUGUGGUUGAGUUGAUUCAAAGCAAGAUUGACCAGAUCAAAAAGAACUGCGGGCAUCGGGGGCGCUGCCGUGGACAGCCAAGGCACAGCAGGGCUCAUCCGUCGAUGACACGGGAUUUGAACAACUACAGCCAAGGCAAUACUGUCCCCACAGGCGGCGCUUACAACACUUACGAGCCUGUCUACUAGUGAGUCCUGAUCUCAGUAUACGGUGCAUGUUUACAGACUUCAACUGGACUCUGUAGUUUUUCAACGGAAUGAGGUCUCACUGCUUUGUAGAUGCAUUGGCAAUAAACUUUUAUGAAGACCUCUUUAA